AUGACUAAAGUGAAUUUAAAAUUUAUUUCUCGACGAGCUCGAAGCCUCUCUCCUGCUUCAAAUCUGCGAAGAAAAUCCAGUCUUCCGAUAAAGAUAAAAUUUUGGGAGAUUUUAACCGGAUCUUAUAAGCAACAGAAGUCGAAUUUGCCCGUUUCGGUGACGAACUUGGUCGGAAAAAGGAAAGAGCUAGAAUCGUAUCGGACUGUGAAAUGGGUAUCUUCUGCUUGCGAAUCUUUGGCGAACAAGCCGGAUUUACUGUCAGAAUUGCCACAAGCCGCGCAAACGGGUAGAUUGAUUCUGCAUCUAACGGAAGAAGAAGGUGUUACAGGAGAUGUCAAUACAGUUGGUCGCUGGAAACUGGGCUUGUGCGAUGGAAAAUUGACCUAUCUAAGUUAUCAGCAUCAGGACCCAAUUCAUAAUAGCUUGAUAAUUUAUGCAAAUGAUGAGCACAUGAUUCAAAUUCUCACUGGAAGAAUAGACCUCCAAACUGCUGAUGCUCUUGGAAUCGCGAAAAUCACCGGCAACUGUCAGAUUCGAAACACCUUUCCAGCGCUGAUAAAAAUCCUGAACCGGGAAAUUCCAAAAAGCAGUCCUUCCUUGAUUAUAUAA